AGGAGGCUGGAGCCGAGAGGAGGGUUUGUUCUCACUGGAAGGCGUCGUACAUGGUCGUGUCCGUAACUGCGACAAAUCGAUAGCUGACUGGGAUUUAUCAAGAGUUCAGGACUUACCAACUUUCCCCCCAAUCGUGUUUCACCGAUAAUCUUUCAUUUUUCUUGCGAACAAGAUAUUUGGUGACCAGAAUCCGUAGUUUGAACGGUGGGGAAUCCGUGUGGGGGUGGAGGAGAGAGAGAGAGAAAAACUCUCAUAAAGAAAACGAAGGUGGUUGGGGAAAGCAAUAAGAGAGAAGCGAAGGAUGCCUUGGAUGCGGAGGUGGCCGUUGAGCUCGACCCUGUUGCUGCUGCUCGGCGCCGCGCUCGCUCUGCUCUGCGCGCCGGUCCCGGCCGCCGUUGCCCUGGAGCCGCCUCGCGCCUGCCCGCCCUGCUGCUCGUGCCGGGCUGAGCUGCUGGACUGCAGCCGCUGCAAGCUCAGCCGCCUGCCUCACCCGCUGCCCGGCCGCAUCGUCCGCCUGGACUUGAGUCAUAAUCGAAUUGCUUCUAUCAAUGGCAGCUUGUUUAACCAUCUGCACAACUUACAGGAAGUAAAAGUAACUCGCAAUGAACUAACUACAAUCCCAAGCUUUGGAAUUAUAGCUGCAAACAUUACCCUUCUUUCACUAUCUAAUAACAAAAUUACUCGAGUACUACCUGAACAGCUGAUGCCAUUUCAAUCCAUGGAAAUGCUUGAUCUCAGUAAUAACCAGAUAUUUGAACUGAAAAAAUUUCCUCCUCUACAACUUCGAUAUCUAUACAUCAACAAUAACAAAAUAACAUCUCUGGAUCCUGGUUGCUUUGACAAUCUUUCGAAUACACUUCAAGUCUUGAAGCUAAACCGAAACAAAAUUUCAUCUAUUCCUUCCAAGAUGUUCAAACUGCCGCAUCUCCAGCACUUGGAACUUAGUCGCAACAAAAUGAAGAAAGUGGAUGGCCUUGCGUUUCAAGGACUAAGUGCUUUGAAAUCUCUUAAAUUACAAAGAAAUAGCAUUAGUAAACUCAUGGAUGGCGCUUUCUGGGGACUGAGCAACAUUGAGAUAUUACAACUGGAUUUUAACAAUUUGACAGAAGUAACCAAAGGAUGGUUGUAUGGCUUGCUGAUGUUGCAGCAACUUAAUCUCAGCCAGAAUGCCAUCAGCAAGAUCAACCCAGAUGCCUGGGAGUUCUGCCAAAAGCUCAGCGAGCUGGAUGUCUCUUUUAAUGACCUAACACGUCUGGAGGAUUCCACUUUUGUUGGUUUGAGCCUCCUUGGGCAGUUAUAUAUAGGAAAUAACCAAGUGAGUUACAUUGCUGACGGUGCCUUUGGAGGACUAUCCAGUUUGCAUAGUCUAGACCUGAAAAAUAAUGAAAUCUCAUGGACUAUUGAAGAUAUGAAUGGGGCUUUUUCUCAAUUGAGCAAACUAAGGAAAUUGGGACUACAGGGAAAUCGAAUCAGAUCGAUCACAAGGAAAGCAUUUUCUGGUCUUGAUGCACUUGAACAUCUGGAUCUGAGUAAUAACGCGAUUAUGUCUGUCCAGAGCAACACCUUUUCUCAGAUGAAGAAACUUCAUGAAUUGUACUUGAAUACUUCAAGCCUCCUUUGUGAUUGUCAGCUGAAGUGGCUGCACCAGUGGGCAAUUGAUAAUGGAUUUCAGUCUUUCAUUAAUGCAAGUUGUGCCCAUCCCCAGUGGCUGAAGGGAAGAAGUAUAUUUGCUACUAAACCAGAAGAGUUUGUAUGUGAUGACUUUCCCAAACCUGAGAUAAUGGAACAACCUGAAACACAAGCAGCUGUAAAGCAUUCAAAUGUGAGCUUCAUCUGCUCAGCAGCCAGCAGCAGCGAUUCUCCAAUGACAUUUGCCUGGAAGAAAGAUAAUGAGGUGCUUCAUGAAGCUGAGAUUGAGAACUAUGCCCAUCUUCGUUCUCAAGGUGGUGAAGUAAUGGAAUAUACUACCAUCUUGCGUCUUCGACAUGUAAAUUUCAGCAGUGAAGGAAAAUACCAGUGCGUGAUUUCCAACCACUUUGGUUCAUCCUACUCCAACAAAGCCAAACUGACUGUGAAUAUGUUACCAUCAUUUACAAAGUCACCCACAGACCUCACUAUUCGAGCAGGAGCAAUGGCCCGUUUAGAAUGUGCUGCCAUUGGGCAUCCUACACCACAGAUAGCGUGGCAAAAAGACGGUGGCACUGACUUCCCCGCUGCACGAGAGAGAAGGAUGCAUGUUAUGCCAGAAGAUGAUGUAUUUUUUAUUGUAGAUGUCAAAGUGGAGGACAUUGGAAUUUAUAGCUGUACUGCACAAAAUAGUGCUGGAGCUAUUUCAGCCAAUGCAACACUAACUGUAUUAGAAACACCUUCAUUUGUGCGUCCUCUUGUCGAUAAAACGGUGGCGAAAGGUGAAACUGCAGUUCUACAGUGCAUAGCAGCUGGGAGUCCACCUCCAAAACUGAACUGGACAAAAGACGACAGUCCUUUAUCAGUAACUGAAAGACACUUCUUUGCUGCUGGAAAUCAACUGUUGAUUAUUGUAGACAGCAGCCUGGAUGAUGCUGGGAAGUACACGUGUGAAAUGUCGAAUACCCUUGGAACUGAGCGGGGACACAUUCGUCUUGCUGUCCUACCUACACCAAACUGUGACUCUGCACAAGGUGCUACAUCAUUUGAAGAGGAUGGAUGGUCUACCAUUGGAAUUGUAAUCAUAGCAGUGGUCUGCUGUGUGGUUGGCACAUCUUUGGUUUGGGUAGUCAUUAUUUACCACACAAGAAGGAAGAGUGAGGACUGCAGCGUGACAAACACAGAUGAGACUAACUUGCCUGCAGAUAUCUCAAGCUACUUGUCAUCCCAGGGAACACUGUCAGAUCAUCAGGAAGGCUAUGGGCGAUCCGAAGCUGGAAGUCACCAUCAGCUUAUGACAGGUUCUAUGAAUGGAUAUUUGCUUCAACACAGAGGAAGCGAUGAUCUUUGUCACAUUGACAAUGCAAGUGAUACUGACAUAGAAGGCAUAUCUGAUCCUCUGGUUUUUCACAACACUGACCGUGCACCCUCGAUGUACGUUGGAGGAAUUGUGUAUGAUGCUGAAACACUGGACAUAAUCAGCCAUCAAGAUGAUAGUUCUGACCAGAUGGCAGUUUGUGCUGGUGCCUACAAUGAUAGCAUCUAUUCAAAGAAGAAAGGGUACUCUCAGUUCAUUCAAGUGCCCCCAGAAGACUACUUUGACCAAGCUGUUGCAAAAAAAAUAACGCAACUCCCAAAUUCAAACUUAUUCAAUCCUGUUCAAACUCCGCACAUAGUGACUGCUGUUGACAUACCAGUGUCAAACGGGAAUCCAGAAAGAUUAACAGCAACCCACAAUAUGUAUGGUGGGACAUUUGGAAAACGAGUGUGGAGAACACACCAGGAUCCCUACUCUGAUUAUGUUCAGCCGGCUGCAUCUCGGUCUUUAACUCUUCAUACUCCUCAAGGAACAUUGGACAGUGAUUGUGAUGUUGACACAGAAUCGGAGAGUCUCUCUGCUUCCAUCACAGGGAAACACAAUAGUACUUAUGAACAUGUUGAUAAAUGUAGGACUCCAACUUUUCAGCCUUGCAGAGUUAAAACGUGAACUACACUUCUCAAAUUUAUUGUACCAAAGAAAGACUUAAACUACCUCAGCAAAACUGUUGCUUCAGUUUUCCAGAAAAGUGAUUUCUUCUAAGAAUUAUUUGUAUCUCAAAGAUUGUAGAUCGCUAUAAACUGAUGAUUAAUGGACCAAGAGGAAGCAUUGUUAUUGUAUGCUUUUAUUUUGAGAGCACUAUCUUCUGAAGUAUGAUGAAUUUGCUAUAUUUUUUAUUUUAUACUUUUUUACUGAAUAUUUUUAAUUUUUCACCUGUAAAUUAUGUAAAUUACAAGUAUUUUACCUAUGUAUAAUAGGAAUACUUAAUGAAUUGUUUGUCAUUAUAUUAGAAUUUUAUCAUUGAUGGUACAGCAUGUUAGUUACAUGGUGCUAAAUCUGACUAUAGGUCAGCAUAUUAGUGCCUUAUUUUGCACAUUUACAUUGACAAUAAAAUAGCAUUUUGCUUCGAGCUAAUUUCAAAAGUG